AUGCAUACAAACUACAUUAGGGUAUUGCCCACUGAGCACUCACGCCUUCCCCACUAUAUCAAGCCACAGGGCCAGAACUUAAUCCCCGGCGGUAAAUCGAGUCCUAAUCUCUGCAUGGCGAACAUUGACCCCGCUCCAACCCUGUCGGAUCAAGAUUCCCUCUUCGACAUCAGCGAGUCGUUGGUCCCGAUACGGGAGCUCAAACAACCCGGAAUAACCAGCGUCUCCUUUGAUGGUCUUUUGAAAGAUCCGCUCCUCCUCAAAGAAGAUCUCAAAAAGGGAUGUGGCGGGCAACUUUGGCCAGCUGGCAUAUUACUUGCCAAAUACAUGCUUCGCGAACAUCGUAUGGAUCUUCUUGGGGCAGGUGGUGGUCUUGUAGGACUUGCGGUUGCGCGUGGUUGUUCUGUCAACAUGCCCAUUUACAUCACCGACCAGGAGUCCAUGUUGCCCCUGAUGGAGGAUAAUAUCAAGAUAAAUGGGCUGUCACCAAAUGUUAGGGCCACAGUACUGAAUUGGGGGAGGCCGCUUCCUGCCAGCAUCCCUACCCACCCGGCCGUUGUGCUUGCCGCAGAUUGCGUCUACUUUGAGCCAGCAUUCCCUCUCCUAAUCUCUACGCUCGAGCAGCUGUUGGGCCCUGAAUCAGUCUGUUAUUUCUGUUUUAAGCGACGCCGGAGAGCCGACAUGCGGUGUAUAAAACAGAUAAAGAAGAUAUUUGAUGUUGUGGAGAUACGAGAUUAUGCUGAUUACGACACUUACGCGCGAGAUAACUUGUUCCUCUACAAGAUCAAAUCGCGAAAUCUGAAAAAAGGAUGA